AUGACCGAUAUCCUUGAACAGUUAGCUGAGAGACAGAGUGCAGGGCCACUUAACCAACUCGGGGCACAGGAUAGAGGGGAAGAUAGAGCAUUAGAGAGAUUUCUGAAAUUUAACCCAUCUAAAUUCACUGGAGAACCUAACCUCGAGGUAGCGGAGAAUUGGUUGGAGAGGAUGACCAACAUAUUCUCCGCCUUAGAUUAUAUCGAAAAUAGGGAGUUUAAUGAGAAGUUUCUUCCGCCUCUGAUCCAAGAGAAACGGGAGGAUGAGUUCAUCAAGUUAAGACAAGGAACUCUUAGUGUAGCUGAGUACGAAGGAAAGUUCACUAAGCUUUCUAAGUACGCUCCUGAAUUGGUGACUAAUGAGCAGAAAAGGAUAAGACGGUUUGUACAAGAGCUUAAUGUGGAGAUUCAGGAGGGCUUGGCUGUAGUUCAAAUCUCUACAUUUACUGAAGCUUUUGAGAAAUCACAAAGAGUUGAGAGCACAAGGAUGCAAGUUAGGGAUUUUCACUAUAAGAAAGGAGUAUUUCUAGUUAUACUUCUGGUUAGGCUAGUAAAAGUGCCCCCCCUUCCAAGAUGGGAAGAGGAAUGGGAGGAGUAA